GCUGUUUCCUCCUAAGGUCAGAAGGAGAGACUCUGAGUCCCUCUAGGGCCAUGGGGUGGGUCCUGCCUUUACUCCAGGACCUAGUGUGGGGCUGGGCCCUGACCCCUUCUCUCUGUGCUGGCUCAGGACAUGGUGACCUUCCCUGAUGUGGCUGUGAGUUUCUCCCAGGAGGAGUGGCUGUGCCUAGACGUCUCUAAGAGGAAGCUGUACAGAGAUGUGAUGCUGGAGACCUACCAGCACCUGCAGGCUGUAGGGCAUUGCAGGGUGAAGCCUGCGCUGAUCUCCUGGUUGGAAAGAGGAGCCCGGGGGAGGCUGCAGAGAGACAUACUUGCAGAAUACAGACCCCAAGUUCAGGAUUUGGCAUUUCAGCAAUUUGCUUUUGGAACGGAAUCUUCAAGUAGGAGUGAGAUGGGAAGCAGCCAACCCCGAUGGGACAGGGUUGAUCCUGUGCUGUGGGACACAGUCAGAAGGGAAUCGAUCUGCCUGCAUCCUGAUGGGAAUCAGGACUCGGGAGACAUCUGUUCUGGACAGGCUUACAGGGACAUUCCUCAUGGGGUGGAACCACCAAAGUGUAAGGAAUGUGGAGGGGUCUUCCCAGGUACUUGCCACCAUGAUGUGCCCUCAGACACCCCCAGUGCACAGAAUUCCUCUGAUUGUCAGCGAAGUGAUCUGAGUCAACCGUCACAUGUGAGAGACCCUAAACAAGUCCAGACACAAAAAAAACGUCAUGCGUGUCAGGAAUGUGGGAAGGUCUUCAGCUAUCCUUCACAUCUUAUUAUGCACAUGAACAUUCAUACUGGGAAAAAACCUUAUAUAUGCCAGAAGUGUGGGAAAGCCUUUGCUCGAUCCUCAAGCCUUUCUAUGCACAAGAAAACUCAUGUAGGAGACAAGCCUUAUACAUGUCAGGAAUGUGGGAAGGCUUUCAGGUACAGCUCAGAACUUACUACGCACAAGAAAAUUCAUACAGUUGAUAAGUCUUAUACAUGUCAAGAGUGUGGAAAAAUUUUCACUCGAUCCUCGUACCUUUUUAGACACAGGAAAAUUCAUAGUGGAGAGAAACCUUAUGUAUGUAAGCAAUGUGGGAAGGCCUUCACUCGAGCUUCAGGCCUUAGAAACCACUGGAAUAUUCAUACUGGAUAUAAACCUUAUGCAUGUAAGGAGUGUGGGAAGACUUUCAUUCAAUACUCAGGACUGUUUAUGCACAGGAUAGUUCAUACCAAAGAAAAACCUUUUAUAUGUAAGGAAUGUGGGAAGAGCUUUGCUCGCUCUUCAAGUCUUACUAGCCACUGGACUAUUCAUACUGGAGAGAAGCCGUAUAUAUGUAAGGAAUGUGGGAAGAGCUUCACUCGAUCUUCACAUCUUAUUAGCCACUGGUAUAUUCAUACUGGAGAGAAGCCAUAUGCAUGUGAACAGUGUGGGAAGGCCUUUACUCGAUCUUCAAGCCUUACUAGCCACUAUAAUCUUCAUAUUGAACUGAAACCUUACGCAUGUAAGGAGUGUGGGAAAUCCUACACGUCAUCCUCAGACCUUACUAAACACAGGAAAAUUCAUUCUGGAGAGAAACCUUAUGUGUGUAAAGAGUGUGGGAAGGCCUUCACUCAGUUUUCAAGCCUUACCAGCCACCUAAAUAUUCAUACUGGCGAGAAACCUUUUGCAUGUCAGGAAUGUGGGAAGGCCUUCAAUUCCUCCUCAGAACUUAGUAGACAUAGAAAAAUUCAUACUGGAGAGAAACCCUAUGAAUGUACAGAGUGUGGGAAGGCCUUUGCUUUAUCCUCAUACCUUAUUAAACACAGGAAAAUUCAUACUGGAGAGAAACCUUAUACAUGUAAGGAAUGUGGGAAGUCCUUUACUCGAUCUUCAAGCCUUACUAGCCACUGGAAUAUUCAUUCUGGACAGAAACCUUAUGCAUGUAAGGAUUGUGGGAAGGCCUUCACUUUCUCCUCAGACCUUAUUAAACAUAGACGAAUUCAUACUGGAGAGAAACGUUAUGCUUGUCAGGAGUGUGGGAAAACCCUCACUUUCUCCUCAUACCUUAUUCAGCACAGAGUAAUUUAUAGUGGAGAGAAACCUUAUGUAUGUAAGCUAUUCACUCAAUCUUCAAGCCUAACUAGCCACUGGAAUACUCAUACUCAAGUGAAAUCUUAUGGAUCUCAGGCCAACGGAUCACCUGCUCCCGCCCCCCAUUCACUGGAAACCAGCAGCGGUUUGGAGCAUCCUGAUACAAGUCACAAAGAAGCAACUAAUUCACUUUCCAGGAAGUGCCUAGCGAGUCUGUCGCCAGAGCUGCUGAACCUGAGAGUGAGCACCCGGGCAUCUGAGGGGCGUUGUUCUCUCCGGCUAUUGAGGGGCCGCUUUGAGCUCCCGGGAGCUCCUGGGUCUGGGCCAGGACGAAGUGACUUAGAAAGGGGCGAGUCGAUGGGGCAGCCCGAGGGUGCUUUGUCUUGCAAGUGGGUGACCGUGGUUACGCCCCGAAUGGAGCCAGUUGCCAAGAUGCGGGUUGCUAAGGGGGCGCAGGGGGGCAUGGUGACCUUCCCCGAUGUGGCUGUGAGCUUCUCUCCAGAGGAGUGGCCAUGCCUGGACGCCUUUCAGAAGAAGCUCUAUAGAGAUGUGAUGCUAGAGACCUACCAGCACCUGCGGGCCAUAGGACAUUGUGGGGUGAAGCCCGCGCUGAUCUCCUGGUUGGAAGGAGGAUCCAUGGGGAAGCUGCAGAGAGGUGAGUUUGCAGGGAAGCAGCCACCCCCUACAGGACAGCAGUGA